AUGGCCACAGUAAUUGGCGACUUCGCCUCGGACCCCUCGAGGUUCCGUCACAAUAUGGUAUUUCAACCGCAGCCGCCUCAGCUAUCGCAAUCACACUCCCACCAUCACCAUAAACAGCAGCAGCAGCAGCAGCAAUCUUACCGCUCUUCCAACCAAUCUUGGGAGAGCGCCCACACCACCACAUCUUCUGCCCCGCGACAAGAACCACAGCCCACAGAAACCAGCCCAUCAAUACCGACGCCAUCAUCAUCCGUCGCGUCCUCGACCCCUCGUAGCAACUAUACAACGUCGGCACCAAUAGCACAACAGCCUAGGCCGUCAUCGGCCGACCGCCAGCACCAGAAGCAAUCUGUGCCACCCGACGACGACUCGGGCGCCUCGCGCUUCCCAACUCCUCCCGACUCCUCCUCUCCAAGCGUGUCUAAUUUGGGCGGUGCCCAACCGCAAAAGCAUGUCGGCACUGACCCGCCACGCCCGCACUCGCAACCCCACCCCGAGUAUAUGGACAUCUCUACCGAUGCUAAAGAUGCCGUUGUAGUUACUGCUCCACCUUUUGAAUCCCCAUCCACCGCUGCCUCCGAUGCGACCGUCGUUCCGCCAUUUUCAGACACGACUGCCGCUCCUGCGGCUGCCACAGGGCCAACUGAGCAGUCCUCGGUCGCGCCCUCGUCUGCAAGCAGCAAGCCCGCACACUCAAUUCCAUCUCCUGUCAGCGACAGCUUCUCUUCCCAUUGGGCCUCGAGCCCAGCACCCAACUCGCCGACACGAACUGCCCAACCACAGCAGACUACAGUUCGGAUUCGUGACCUUUCACAUAUUCAAUCUCUUGCACGUGCCGAUCUCGUCACGGGCGGCAACAACAAUGGAGGCAUCCUGAAUGUCGACCCACCACUCUCACAGAUGAAAUAUGAUAUCAGCGAAAUGCCCAUCGGUGAUGUCAUUGAGAUGGUGGCUGCGCUUCUCACCAAGAUCACGACGACCAACGAUCUGCAGCAUGAUGCAUUGAGCAGAAAUGCAACGCAUCAACGACAAGCGCAAGCGGCGCAGCAACAACAGCAACAAGAUGGGAGCGGGGAGGGCAGUAGCAAAGGGGAUGGAGUCAUCACUGCCAACAGCAACAGCAGCGGCAACGGCAGCAGUCCGUACGCCAACAGCGUGCUGGCUUUCCACGGGAAAAACGUGCCUGCCAUCACUAUACUUAGUUACCUGAGUCGCAUUCAUAAGUAUUGCCCCACUACGUUUGAGGUUUUCUUGAGCCUGCUGGUUUAUUUUGAUCGGAUGACAGAAAGAGUCAAUGAUCUGGUGGUGCGGAGCGAACAGGAGAGGAAGGAGGCCGAGGCCAAGACAAAGAAUCAGGGCGAUGUUGUUAUGGGCAACGCCGCCCAAGAAGAUGAAAUGGAUGAGGAUCUCGCUGACAGCGAUGACGAGGGAGAGGUUCCUACAAGAAAUAGCUCACAUAAUGGCGAUGCUGGCGUUGCCGGAUCUAGGGAGGCUCCGCGGGACUCCGCGGCCUCAACACCGCCCCCGCCAGCUUUGAGCAGCACAGCGACUUAUUUUGUUGUGGAUAGCUAUAACAUCCACCGACUUAUCAUUGCGGGUGUGACAUGCGCGAGCAAGUUUUUCUCGGACGUGUUUUACACCAAUUCGAGAUAUGCCAAGGUCGGAGGCCUUCCGCUCGCAGAGCUAAACCACCUUGAGCUCCAAUUUCUCCUCCUGAAUGAUUUCCGCCUCGCCGUCCCAGUCGAGGACCUCGAGGCUUAUGCAACUAUGCUUGUCGAGUUUUAUGCCAGAGACGUUGUCGCUCAACGCUCUAGACCUUCUUCGGACUGA